AUGAUACAUGUAUGUCUUCAAAGUCAAGUCUGGAUUCUUCAGAUCAAUGUCAAAACCCAAGGCUUGUUUGUGAUAUCCAGCGCCCACCUCCACUCUCAACCGCUGCCUCCAUCGGUCCCGCCUCCACCUGUGGCCUCCGCACAAGUAUCUCCGCCCCUAGCCCCGCCUAUCCAGGCCCCGCCCCCGGUCUUGUCCCUCCCACACGAGAGAGAGCGUAGUCGCGAGUCCGGCAUCCAGGUUUGGCCUGCCUCAGCUCCUAGACCCACUUCCGCUCUUCUGGCCCCGCCUCCGGAGCCGAUCCUGGCCCCGCCUCCGAUCCUAGCCCCGCCUCCGCUUCUAGCCGCUCCUCCGCUCCUAGCCCCGCCUUCGUUCCUAGCAACACUUCCACUCCUAGCAACACUUCCACUCCUAGCCCCGCCUCCGCUUCUGGCCGCGCCUCUAUUUCUCCAAGCCACGCCUCCGCUUCUAGCCAUUCCUCCUCUCCUAGCCCUGUUUCCGCUCCUAGCCCCUCCCCCCUCCCCUAGCCCCGCCUCCAUCGCUAGCCACGCCUCCGCUUCCAGCCAUUCCUCCGCUCCUGGCCACGCCUCCUCUCCAAGCCACGCCUCCGCUCCUUGCAACACUUCCACUCUUAGCCCCGCUCCCGCUUCUGGCCACGCCUCCGCUUCAAGCAUUCCUCCUAUCCUAGCCCUGUUUCCGCUUUUAGCCACGCCCCACCUCCAUGCUAGCCACGCCCCCACUUCUAACCACGCCUCUUCUCAAGUCCCGCCCCCGCUCCUGGCCCCGCCCCGCCUCCGCGCCCGGGCUGUCCCCUCCGCUCUGUGGCACGCUGAGGCUCUGGUCACUCCUGGCCCGGGAGCCCUAGCCGUUGCGUCCCGUUCUUGCUGCGGCCCGAACCUCCCGCCCGCCGCCGAGCGGAGCCGCCCACGCAGCAGCCGAGCGUCCCAGAUGGCCGCCGCGGGCCGCCCUGGGACCGGGAGCCGGGCCGGGGCCGCGCCCUGCCUUCGCCGUGGAGCCGCGUCCGGGCUGCUGCGCCUCGUCCUCGGCCUGGCCUGCUGCGCGCCCGCGGGCGCCGUGCCCGAGCUCGGGCUGUGGACCGCGACGGUCGAUGAAAAUUCAGGACCAUUGGUAUUUAGGAAAACUAUGUUUAAUGCUACUGAGAUCAAGUUUUCUGUUAAGUCAUUCAGUUGUUCUGGGCCUGUGAAGUUCACCAUAGAGUGGUAUUUGAAGUACUAUGUCUGUCACAAUGACUUUUAUAACCUGGAAGAACAGUUACAACUGCAUCAGCUAACCAUAAGUGAAGAUUUUUGUAGUAGUUAUUUCAAGACUGUUGAGUGUUGGAAAAUGAAAAAUGAAAACUUAGAUUGCAACAGUGAUUUACAAGUGUUUCCUUCAUUGAAUAAUAAGGACCUAAUAAACAACAAAAAUGUUUCGAACAUGGAAGGAUCAACGGAUGUUGUAGCCAGAACACAGAGAGAUGGGUUUCAUAUCUUACUUGUUUCUAUAAAAACAGAUAAAUCAGAUGCAAGUUGGAGUUUGAACGUUUCUCUUUCUAUGAAGGGGCCUCAUGGCUAUAUCUCUGCAUCGGAUUGGCCUCUAAUGAUUUUUUACAUGGUGAUGUGCAUAGUUUAUAUUUUGUAUGGUGUACUCUGGCUGACGUGGUCUGCCUGUUACUGGAAAGAUAUACUAAGAAUACAGUUCUGGAUUGCAGCAGUUAUUUUCCUGGGAAUGCUUGAAAAAGCCGUUUUUUAUAGUGAAUACCAAAACCUCAACAGCACAGGGCUAUCAACCCAAAGUCUCCUGAUAUUUGCGGAGUUGAUAUCAGCUGUGAAAAGGACUUUGGCCCGUCUGCUGGUGAUCAUUGUGAGUCUGGGCUACGGUAUUGUGAAGCCCCGUCUAGGCACAGUCAUGCACCGAGUAAUUGGCCUGGGGAUUCUUUACCUCAUCUUUGCAGCUAUUGAAGGCGUGAUGAGAGUCAUUGGGGAUGCUAACCAUUUAGUUGUUAUUUGGGGUGACAUCCUUUUAGCACUGACCGACUCCAUAUUUGUGUGGUUCAUUUUUAUAAGUUUGGCCCAAACUAUGAAGACUCUCAGACUAAGAAAGAACACAGUGAAAUUUUCUUUAUACAGGCACUUUACAAAUACUCUGAUUUUUGCUGUACUCGCUUCUGUAGUAUUUAUGGUGUGGACCACUAAGACAUUUAGAAUUGCAAAAUGUCGAUCGAACUGGAUGGAACGCUGGGUUGAUGAUGCAUUUUGGAGUUUCCUAUUUUCACUUAUCCUUAUUGUAAUAAUGUUUUUGUGGAGACCAUCAGCAAAUAAUCAGAGAUAUGCCUUUAUGCCCUUAAUAGAUGAUUCUGAUGAUGAAGUCGAAGAAUUCAUGGUGACCUCAAAGACCUUAGCUGAAGGAAUAAAAUUAAGAGUGUCAAAAACGGUUUCCAAUGGAACAGCUAAACCUACUACUGAUAAUUUUGAUGAAGAUUUGAAGUGGGUCGAAGAAAAUAUUCCCUCUUCGUUCACAGACGUAGCUCUUCCAGUGUUGGUGGAUUCAGAUGAGGAAAUCAUGACCAGAUCUGAAAUGGCAGAAAAAAUGUUCUCUUCAGAGAAGAUAAUGUGAUUUGGAUUCAUAUCAGUGAAACCUCACUAAUGGUGAAGAACAUCUUAGAACUAAAAGAGAGCCUUGGUUCUGUAUUGUGAAACAAGUUUUUACUGCAUUAUUUUGGAAAUGUAUGUAUUGUAUUAAAGUCAAGAUUCAGGUAGUGGGUGGAUUCUAAAAACCUUUUAAAGCUAAUUCUUGAAUGUCUGGUUUCCACCCACUAAAUCACCUGAACCUGGAACGAAUCUGAGAAAAGUAUUAUGGUAGACACAUGUCAGGAUGCUCUCACUGGUGGAUUGCAGCAUGUGGAUUUGGAUUUUUUUUCUUCUGGAAAAUACAGCUAAUCCAGUUAGAAUUUUUUUUACGUAAUCCUCCUACUCUUUGUCCACAGACCUUUGAGGUAGAUGGUGUGGUUCUUGAGAGGUGCGUUAGAGUGUUGUCUCUAAUUACUAGC